CCUUUAUUACUCAAGUAAAAAGUUUCCUUCCAAAAUAAACAUUUUGUUAAUCCACAUUCUCUUUACCCUUUUCUUUUCUAUCAUCGAUCUUUAGCAUUUCUGUCCCUAAAAUUUCACAUUGGGUUUGGUUACAGACCAAAUAUAUAUUUUGCAGGCAUGAAACUUAAAACAUGACAUCCAAUCAAAUAUUGCAUCCAAGCGAAACUGCAGCUUGUAUCUUUUUCUUUACAUUCUUUUAAUUUGAUGAAAUAUUUUUUUAUCGUUCCAGCUACGUAACAUUUUUUAAAAAUCUUUUAACAAAGUCACAAAACUCAGUCAAAUUUGAACUUUUGUACAUUUUAAAAUGUGUGAAGCGAGAAAAACAAAUCUAAAUGUUUUUUUGUGCAAAAGAAAGCCUAAGUAAUCAGUUUAACAUUUCUACCUUGUAGUAUCAGAGAAUAGUUAUGACUGUUUAUUCAUAUGUUUGCAUUUGAUAGGCCUGUUGAUGCAUACCAGUGACUCUGUUGACUCUCUUUAGAUUAAAACAUUCCUUUGCAGAAUCGUUUCUACCUCACGCUCCAGGUGUGAGUCCAGAUCUCUGCUGAUUCUAAUCCAGAAGAAGAAGAAGCUGCGGUGGGAACAUGUUUCCAUCACCGUGUCGGAUCCUGAAGGCGCUCUGCUGCUGCUGCCUGAAGAAACUGGGAGUUCAGACCUGCUGGGCUGCAGCUACCGGGACUGUUCAGAUCAUGGUGGGUGUGCUUAAUAUCGGCCUCGGACCGGGAAGAACAAGCACUCGUCUGGGGGAUUUUACCAGCCUGGGAGCUGCUUACUGGUUGGGCGCUGUGUUUAUCGUAACAGGAAUCAUGACCGUUUUAGCGGGUCGGUUCCCUUCCUCCUGCUUGGUGGGCUUCUCUGUGUUGCUGAACAUUGUUGGUGCGAUCUUCUCCAUCACUGGCAUCGUGUUGUACUCCAUCGACCUGAUCAACUCCUCUCUGCUCUGGGUUUGCGACCGCUCCGGUUCUGAUCCAGACCGCUACGACGACCGCUGCAGAAACGUGGCCGCUUUCGAUCAGAACUUACUGACGUCUCUGGACAGAACCUUGAUUCUCCUGGCUGUUCUGCUGUUGGUUGUCAGUAUUUCUUUUGCUGCUCUUGGCAUUGGGUUCCUGACUGGUGAGGUGAAGGAGGAAGAGGUAAAAUGUUGGGGAUCUAUUAUGCAAAACUCACAUUUUGCAUGUUUUUAUGGUUCCGUUUGAGUCUCAACUGCUUCUAAAAACAGCCUGAGCACUUAAAAAAACACACUGCCAUCUUUUGGUAAUAUGUUCAAGUGUUUGCAGUUUCAAAAUCCUCCGGAAUGUAACUUCACAAAUCAGCAGGUGCUGCACUGUUACCUAGCAACCUGGAAGCCCACACCGUCACCUAGCAACCCCAGCCGACCUCCAGCGGUUUGGUCAGCUGGCUUUACCGCUGUAUUUGCUGUCCAAUGGCUGCUGGAAAAGACAAAUGUUUAGAUGCUGACUCACCAUCCAGAAACCACUUGUUAUGUUCUUGCUGGUUGUGCAGGAGGCUCCACUUCUGCUUUUCAAAGAUGUAAAAACCAUGUGAACCGUUUGAGUCUAGAAUAAUUUUGUCUGAAAUAUUUUCUACUUGUGAUUAUUUGUUCUCUUUGUAGAGUGACAGACUUUAAAUUGCUUGUUGAUCGUUGCAUUUUUAGCUGCCAAGUACCAAAUGAUUUGUUCUUCUGGACCAUUUUUAAAAGAUGGACUUCAAAGAAGUUGCAUUUAUUAAUCAGUUCUGUUGUAAGAUGUGAAUCCCUAACUUUACCAGUAUUAUUAUUUAUUGUGGAAUAUUUCUGUGCCAGCAGGUUGACAACGUUUCUAAAGAAGACUUGAAGGAAAUCCUUCUCAUCAGCCCUGGUGCUUGAAACCAUCGAUACAUCGGCAAUCCAAACCUCAGUGCCACAAAUAGUAAACCAGUACAGUAGACAAUAACUCUUUACUUUCAAUUAUUGAUUGACAGUAAAUUAUGGAAUGUAACUCAUUAAUUAGGUUACUGAUUUAUUUAUUGUAUUUUUGACAAAAACUGACAGAAAAGGAGAAAUGUUGGAAGAAAAGUGGAUCGAUCUGGUUGGUGAACGUCCGGCCAUGUUUUUACAUUCACAGUUUAACUUUAACAAUGAAUUAAAAAUUCAUUGUUAAAGUUAAACUGUGUAAAGUUGCUGCACUUUUAGCUUCAGCUGUUUUGCGAUAAUAUCACAGUUUUUAUCUUUUUCUGGAUCAGGGUUCUGAAAUGAGAAGCUCUGGUGUCCAAAGUAACUUUAAUUUAUUAAAUUCAUUUAAUACAUUAAACAAUGACAUAUUGCUCCAUUUUCUUUCAUUCUUUAGUUCUGUACUGAAGAAACACUGACCCAGCUAGUCAAUUGGGCCAGCACUGAUUUCAUCUGAUCAACAAACCUCCUCAGGUGUCCUGACAACAAUUUUCACAUUUUUUCAUCCCUCUGGAUUCAUCCUCCUGGAGUUCAGUUUGCUUUCACAUGUGCAAUAUUUGCAUAAAGCGGGUGAAUAUUAGAAAGAUUGCAAAUUUAACAUUUUCUGAAAAUCCUGUAUGACUAUCAGAUUCCUGACAAACAAAGAAACAGUCAAAGAUGUUUUAAUGUCUCUUUUUAUCAUUUAUUCAUUUUGAAACAUGGUUUAUGUUGAAUAAAAACUAUUUUUCAGAAUUAGAUUC